UCUUCUCUUUCAUUUUACUUUUUACCAAUUUAUACACUUCCGGAUAUUUUCUUUCUUUCUUUUUUUGUUUUUGCUCAUUUGUUUAAAUAUAUUUAUUUUAUCCAAUUCAUCAAAUCCAAAAUAUUUUUACUAAAAAUCUUUGACCAAUAAAAACAAAAAAACACACUCAUUUAUUAAUUAUGUAAUCAUUCCCUCUUUAUUUUUCAAUUAAAAAAUUAUUUUGGUAAAAGAAAUGAGUUAUCUGGCAUCCAUUGUUGCCGCUCAAAUGAUGGAAGAUUCUGAUCAAGAAUUUGAGGAUGAAAUGGAAGGGGAGAUAGAAUAUGAGGGAGAGGGGGGUCAAGGAGAGGAGAAUGAAUUAAAUAAAGUGGGGAUGGAAGAGGAAGUAACUGACGAGGAAGAAUAUGAAUAUAUUUAUGAAGAAUAUAGUGAAGAGGAGGAGGGAGAAAUUGAAAAUAAGUUGAAUAUUGUUGAGAAUUGUGAGGAAAAGAAGAUAGUUGUUAACAACAAUUCUACUAUUUUAUCAAGUCGAUCGGCUGUCGAAGAGGCAGUGUUAGAUGAAAGGCUGCGGAGACUAAUCGAAGCCCCCCAAGACGAAUUUGAACGUGAAUCAGCCCUAAACCUUCAAUUAGGCAAUAAUGCUUUUUGGAUACCAGAUAAAGAACAUUCUUUUCGACUUUGUAGAAUAGAUGGAAAUGCUAAUAAAUUGAUUUGUGAACAACAAAUAACAGUUGAAUUAAUUAAUGAAAUGGGGAAUGAAAAGGAAUCAAAAGACUGCGGAGAUGAUUGUAAAAAGGUGAAAAAUAAAUUUAAAAAUUUUGAAGAAAAUUUAAAUUAA